AUGUGGUACGUAGUCGGAGAAGGCUGGUUGAGAAGUAAGAGCUCCAAUCUUUGGAACUAUGGCCCGGAGUAUGCAUCCCCAGUCGCGACUCAAUCCCCUCCCCCCCCCAAAAACCCACCCUCACUGUUGGACGGAAAGGCGAUUUCAUCUCCAGAGGAAGCUCCUCGGCGCUCUCCUUCCUUGCCGUCUAUUCCUUGCUGCCACGCCCACGUCAACGUUAGCGAGCCAGAGGCUCUUGUCCUCUAUCCUUAUGGCCUCGAGCGUCUCAUUCUAGCUCCGGCAUACAUUGGCUGUUUGUCGACGCCAUUUCUGUACGACAGCGUUUCCCGCCAGCUGAUUUCAGCCCGGCUGGUUGUGGGUGAAGGCGCUUGUGUUGUUGAACGCUCGUUCAUUCUGGUCUCUCCUAACGUCCCAGGUCGCAGUCUUUGGGGCAAUCGGCAAAACCCAACGAGGAGCCCAGUCCGCUCGGAUCCAGAUCUAGACACGAAACAGAGUAAAAGAGGAAAACUUAAGAACAAUAAGAAGGCGCGCUGGCAGUUCUUGGAAGGUGAAUUCUCACACGGUUACUAG